AUUAAAUUAUUUUACUAUAAGAAAUGCAAUUCUUUUACUGUGCCUCAUUGUGUGGAUGGACACUUUAUAAGUGUUAUUUUUAGUCGAGCUUAAUUUAAAAAUUAUUUUUUGCCCAGUGUCAUCUUCUUAUUACAAUUGAAUAAAUAGCUGCAAGGAUACCAAAUGUUAUAUUUUAAUUGGGUUACCAGAAGAUCUUCGUUGGUUGUCGGACAUUUUGAGUCUCAUUGUUACAGUUGUUUACCUUAUUUUAAUGUUGAAGUUCAUGACUAGAAAUUCCUGUCAUGGCGGAUCGUUUGGAUUACCGAAAAUAUUCUGAUUAUAAAUCUAAACUAAGGGAUAAUCCAGUCAGUGAGAAACGUGACAAAAAGAAACAUAAACACAAGCAUAAGCAUAAAAACAAACACAAGCAUGGCAGCAAAGACAGGUCUCGCAAACACAAGAAGAAGAGGCACAGCUCGUCCAGCGUUGAAGUGGAGGACCUGGCCUUGGAGCAUGGGAAGAGGCAGAGGCUGAAUGAAGAUGAUGCCGAGCUUGAGCGCCUGGAAGCUGCCAGACAAGCCUUGAAGGCGGAGCUGAAUGGCCGUCCUGGGGAUGAAGCAUUUAGAGCAAUUAAUCUUAUAGCAAAGGGUUACCUUACUGAUUCAGAGGAGGAAGAGGGAGAGGUGGAGCAUGAACAUUUACAAGAAGAGUUAAGAAAAGCCAAAGAGGUCUUAGCGCGCAUGGACUCUCAGACCAACUUGUCCUCAGGGUCUGCCGAUGCUCAUCUCAGAGAAAUUUCCAGAAAUGAAUUUACGCAAUUUGAAGAUUUCAGAAUUUCCAAGUCUCGGGAUGAGAUAGGCGGGGAUGAUUCUGAUGUUGGGGUGGUGACUUCUGAUGGCAGAGUGCCAGAGAAUCAUCACCUGCGGCACACCAAAUUAAUAGACUAUCGAGACACUCCAGAGUCAACAGAUCUUUUGGAUGAAGGGCUGGAGCUGUUGGAUAGUGUCGGAAUCCCUUCAUCGGGUCUGUCUGUCAGUAAGUUAACCCCAUCCUUGGCAGCUCGUCUAGGCCCCGAAGUUAGCUCAGUGCGUGCCAAAGUUCAGAGCCUCGUCCAGUCUUCAAAACUAAAGCCUUUCGAUAAAGAAUCUCGACCUUCAAAUAGAAAGGAUCAGGGGCAUCCGAAAAUGGAGAGGGAUGAGAAAGAAAACAGGGUUGUUGAAAUUCUGGACAGCGAUCAGGAAGAAGGGGAGACCAGGGAUGAUGAUGACAUCAUUCAGAUUGAUGACGAUGAUGUCAUUGAAAUCUCAAAGAACUCCAGACAGCAGAGGAAACCAAGUGCUCAUCUAGACCAAGAUUUAGCCAUUAUUGAAGAGAAGUCUCAUGGUCCCUCCCCUAAAAAGAAACCAGAUAGGAAAUCUCGAAAAAGCCCGUCCAGAAAAAGUGGUAACUUUGAAAAGGUUGACAUCCGAUCUGGCAAUGAGAGGGAGUCUUCUAGAUCUAGAAGAGAUGAGAGCCACAAGCUAGAAGAUGGUAGAAGAAAGCGUGAGGAGAUUGGUAGAAGAGAAGAUGCCUGGAGGGACGAGCAAAGAGGGGGGGAUUCUCAAAGGAGACCUGGUCGCGACGAUAGGUGGCCAGCUGUUGAUGGAAGAAGGAGAGAAGAGAUGCGCAGGCUUGCUGAAAGCAGGGAGAGGAGGGAAUCUGAAAGGUCGGAAAACAGAAGGCAGCCUGAGCGAUCCGAAUGGUUAGAUAGGCGAAGAGAUGACCCUCGACAGCAGCGCGAUGAUCCUCGGCAGCAGCGCGAUGAUCCCCGCCAACAGCGAGAUGAUCCCCGCCAACAGCGAGAUGAUCCUCGACAGUUGAGAGAUGAUCCUCGACAGUUGAGAGAUGAUCCUCGACAGUUGAGAGAUGAUCCUCGACAACAGAGGGAUGAUCCUAGGCAGCAACGAGAUGAUCCUCGACUGCUUGAUAGAAAUGGUAGGCGGCGGACACCCAGCCCAUUUAUGGGUCGAAGGUAUCGUGAUGGCCCUGACAGAGGUCGAGAGAGUGAUCGCAGGGGAAGAUCCUCUGAGAGAGAUAAAGACAGAGGUGGAUCAAAGGGACCUGAAGAUAAAUUCAAGGACAGUUUAUCUGAAGGGUUAGCCUUGCAGCAUGAUGACUCGGACGAAGAUGAAGAACUUGAUAUCAACCUUGAUGAUGAUGAAGAGGAUGCUGAUGCUAUCAUAGAGAGGCGUCGUAAAGAAAGGCAAGCUUUGCUAGAGAAAUUGAAACUGACCAAUCACACUGAAGAUUCCAAUUCCAUGGAUGUCUCUGUAAUAAGUGUUGAGCCUCCAACUCAUGGUCUGCCAGCUUUGUCUCAGCCCUAUCAGGAAGAAGAUAACAGCCAAAGUUCCAAUGUCAGGGAAGAUACAUAUAACAAUGUGCAUUCUAUAAAGAGUCCAGAGUCACGGGACAGACACAGCCGUAGUGUUAGCCAAGCAAGCAGCAUCACUAGUAGAGGCAAUCAUCAAAGCAGGGAAAGUAGGAGCAGGAGUCGAGGCAGCAGUAAAGAGGGGCAGAAGAGAAAGAGCAGGAGCAGCCACAGUCGAAGUAGAAGUAGGGGGCGCAAUAAAAGGAGGGAUUCUUCCAGCGACAGCCGCAGCUCAUCAAGUGACAGUAACAGAUCUAGUUCAUCUGACAGUAGUAGCUCUGAGGAUGAAGAGGAGGAAAUGUCUAAAAAGACAGAGGAAAAAAAAGAAGAGGAUGAGACGGUGAAAGAAAAUGAUGACAAAAAUAAAGGAGAAGUCAAGAAAUCUAAAGGAGAUGUGGUGGACAUGUUUGCUGAUACAGAAGAUAUGUUUAGUGAAAACUAUAAUAGUCCAGGAUUGAGGAGAGGGCUACCAGGAGUGGCAGAAAACCCAAAUCUUACUGACAACUGGGAUGACGCUGAAGGCUACUAUCGGGUUAGAAUUAGUGAAAUCCUUGACAAGCGUUAUUCAGUUUAUGCCUAUAAAGGUCAGGGCAUGUUCAGUAAUGUCAUCAUGUGUCGUGAUGCUGCCAGAGGAAAUACAGAUGUGGCCAUCAAAGUUAUACGUAACAAUGACAUGAUGUUGAAAACAGGAAUGAAAGAACUGGAGUUUUUGAGAAAGUUAAACGAUGCUGAUCCAGAUGAUAAAUUUCAUUGCCUUCGUCUUUACAGACAUUUUUACCACAAGCAGCAUUUGUGUCUUGUCUUUGAACCUUUGAGCAUGAAUUUAAGAGAGGUUCUCAAAAAGUAUGGCAAAGAUGUUGGUCUACAUAUCAAAGCUGUCCGCUCUUACAGUCAACAAUUGCUGUUGGCUCUAAAGCUACUAAGGAAAUGUAGUAUUCUCCAUGCCGACAUCAAACCCGAUAACAUUCUGGUAAAUGAAUCUAAAAUGGUUCUCAAAUUGUGUGACUUUGGGUCUGCAUCCCAUGUGUCUGAAAAUGACAUUACUCCUUAUCUGGUCAGUCGUUUCUAUAGAGCCCCUGAGAUCAUUUUGGGUCUUGGCUAUGACCACAAUAUUGAUACCUGGUCAGUGGGCUGCACGCUGUUUGAGUUGUACACAGGUAAGAUUCUCUUCCCUGGGACCAGCAACAAUGACAUGUUGAAGACGAUCAUGGACUACAAAGGGAGGAUACCCAACAAGAUGAUCAGGAAGGGCAUGUUUAAAGACCAACAUUUUGAUUCCUCGUAUAACUUCAAACACCAUGAGAUGGACAAAAUCACACAGAGGGAAAAAGUCACUGUGAUGUCAUCCAUCAAUGCCACCAAGGACAUGCUGGCUGAAAUGGUCCCUUACAACCGCCUGCCCGAGGACCAGCUGAGGAAGGUGACCCAACUCAAGGACCUCUUGGAUAAACUCCUUACCCUUGACCCCUCCAAACGAAUACCAAUCAACCAGGCGUUGUCACACCCCUUCAUCACGGAGAAAAUUUGAUAUGUGACCCAUGGAGAACUCUGAUAAUACAGUGAUAUGUUGGACAGUACUUGUCCACAUCUGCUUAACAUAAAAGUCCAUUUUAGACAAAACUGAUAUUCUGAUAACUCUAGGUAGCGAAAUGUGGGAUUAUCUGAAUGAGGAUGCUAUUAAGAAUUUAAAAAAUUGAACUAAUUAGUCACUACACUAUAUUUUAUAUUUUAUAUAAAUUUGACAUAAACAUUAUAAUAACAUUAUAACUCCUCUCUGCCGACAGAUUCUGGCAAUACAAUUUUUUUUUUUACACAGAAAUCAUUUUCAGCCAAAUAAUUUGUUUCAUGUUAUCUGUUCCAUUAUUUUUUAAAAUAUUUUUUUUGUACCUUUCAUUUUAAUAUUUUUAAAAACAUUCAGGUUAUGUUGUAUAGGGAUGUAGAUAAUGUUGAGUUCCCUUGGUCCUUUUAGUUGUUUUUUUUAUCUAUCACCUGUGUACAUGCAUCAUUUGCCAAGGGUUGGUUAAGAAAAUCUAUAAUGAUUCUGUCGAAAGGACGCAGAUAUCUUUAAUUGAUUUUGGUUUUAUUAAAAACUCUAACCUAAAAUCAAAGGGGUUAGUUUAACUUUUUAUUUAAUUAAACCCAACAGAUUUAAGUUAAUUUUUUUAUUAUUAUUUAGCUAAAAUGGUGAGAAAGGAAAUAACUUUACAAAUUCUUAAUUCAAAGGUGAUGUAUAGUAAUUCUAAAUAUGCUAGUUAAAGAGUUCUUACAUGUCAUCAUUAUUUCAUGGUUAUGAUAAGAAGGGUGUGUCAUUAAGAAAAUGCUGUGAUUGGUCAUGCUUCUUUAUUAAAUUCUCAAAAUUAAUGCUCUGUGUUUGUUUCUUCAUAUUUUUUUCCUCAUGCUUUUGGAGUCUGGUCUCAACCUCUGACCCCCCAACCACUGGCAAGGUCACUUACAAUUUUGCUUUGCAAGGUCAUCUCUCAGCGUCAUCAUUUGCCAGCAUUUGAGAAAGGUUUAUUAUUGCAUAAUUUCAAAGUUUUUUUGUUUUUUUUUUAAAUCUUCAUUGUGAAACUGUAACAGCCUUUUAAAUGAAAUCCAUAAACAAUUUAUUUUAGUUAUCAGGAAAAAAAAAAGCUGCUCUACACUUUUAAAAACAAAAUUAUUAGAUCUACUAGACUUAAGUAAUUUAUUGGCUGUAGGGCUCUGAAUUUGACUAUGAGGUCAUAAGUUACAUUUUCCUAUAAAAAAAAAAGAAUAAUUGGCCUUUUGUUUUACUAGAUUCAAACAUCUAACACCAAUGUUUAUAUUGUCUCAAAGUAAUUUCAGAAAUAAAUUAUUUCUGAAUGGCUCAAAAAAUUUUGUUUGAUGUGAGUGGAGGAUUGGCCUUAGGCUUGGACGACAGUUUAUGACUUGUAUUAAGGUGUUGACGGUUGACUCCGAGCUUAAAUAAAUGUGUAUGUGACAAUGCUUCAUAUGACUUGAAGAAAGGUUGCCUAAUGUGAAAAUAACGUAUGACUUGGGCAAGGAUAUAGUAAAAGUGCAUUAUUUAUGACAAGAAAGAUUUAAAAGUAUUUAUAGGUUGUGUAUGUUGGAUUUUUUUUUCUCAGACAGGAUAAAAGUAAUAUUGAUAAAGAUUGUGUACAACAGAGACAUAUAUUGAUUGGUUUGAUUAAAAUGUUGUUAACUGGUUGAAAGCUUCAUAAUGACCAGACAUGUUUGAAAUAGCUCAGUGUCUUAUGCUUCUAUGUGACUGAGUUUCUAGGUUGAUAAACAAGAUUAUAUUACUAUCAGACUGAGGUUAAGUUUGUGUUUAGCUUAUAAAGUGUGUUUACAUGUGACUAAGUUUUUGCCAUUUUUUUUCUAGGUUGAUGUAGCCUUGUAUCAGAGAGCUGGAGGCACAAUUUAAGGUUAUAACUUAACAAGUGUCGAUAUAAACACAAUGACUUGCAAAAUGAAACCAUUCCUAGUGUUAUUAAUAACAUUAAAACAAAGCUAAAACUCUCAAUCGAAAAAAAAAACUUGAGCUUUUUAAUUUGAAGAAUCUAAAAAAAUUGUGGACAAACUUUUCUAUGAAGUUCUAAAUAUUAAAAAUAUAAAGAAAGUUAACUAAUUAAAACUUUGUUCCAAUAUAUAAGUUUUGUUUUCUUGUUCUGGGAAUUUAUAACAAAAAUGUUUCUUUUAUUUUUCAGCUUCUGAUAAAACAUUUAAUAUAUUUGGUGUGCUGGUACUUCUAUUUGCUAAUUAGCUAAAGAAUAAAACUAAACAAAACAAAAAAUCCAACCAAGAAAAGAGAACAUUUUUUUAAAAAUCUGCACAUUAAACCAAAUAAAUUAAUUGUUUUACUGAGUAUUUAAUUAUAUUUUUGAAAUAUUUGUUUUGUCUUUAUUUCAGGUAAGACGUGUGUUCAUGUCAUGUCAUGGGGACUGAAACAAAAGAUCAGCAGAUUUGUCGUUGCCAUUUGGUUUUAAAAUUCAGUGCAUUGCUUUCGGCUAACACUGGAGAACGAUUCUAAAAUUAGGCAAAGAAAAUCAGAACACAAAAUUGGUUGUAACGAAGGAUUAACUUCACUUCUGCUUUAACCUGUGUCAAUAUAUUUUAACUUUUGUUUAAAACCUCAGUCUCCCUGAAAUAUUUUUGAUAUUUUGUAUUUCAUGCUUAGCCUUAUGUCAUUCUCUUUGUAAUUUUUUUUUUUUUUUAAUAUUUAUUUCUGGGAUAUGGAGCUUCUAGAGACUUUGGUUGUCAGAUGUAAUUGUUGAAACAGGGUCAAAUUUUUUAAACAGUUGGUCUGGUAAUUAGUUAAACCUAUUAUUAGUCUGAUGUAUGAGUGGAUUGUUUGAUGUCUACAGAUUUUGUUAUUGUUUUACUAAAUUAGAAAGUUUAAUCUCAUUAAGCAAGAAUAAACAAAAUGUUGACAAUGUUA